AUGUCUAUUGCUAUUGAGGGCAACAAAUACAUUGAGGAGUCCGAAUCUCAUCUCGAGGAGCAUGAGGUCACCAUUGAUAAAAUGGAAGGUCAUGAGUGUGAUUACUCUAAUGAGAUCGCGGACCUCUCUCAAUCUCUUGAACUUGAAAAAACCACCAAGGAAUCUCUUGAGGAGACCUUUGCUGUAGAAUUAUCUAAAAUAAAGGAAUCCAGUGAUAGAGCCCUUGAGGUGGCCAAUGAUUUCAAAACUAAAAAUGAUAAGCUUGAAGUUGCAAAUGUUAAACUCCUUGAGGACUUUGAGCACCUCGAAAAUGGCUCAAGGUCAAACCCAAGAAAAAUCCCUCGCGCCGCGCCGGACGUGUCCGUACGCCGGCCGGACAAAGCCGCCGCCGCCUCCAGCCACUCUCGCGCCGCCACGUCGCCCCGUACCCCGCGCGCCGCCGAAGCCCGCGAGGGCCCAGCGCCGGCCCUCCCGGCCCGCGCCGUCGCCUCCCGGGGCCCCGAGCGCCCCGCCGUCUCCUUCCUCCCGCCGCCUCCGCGCGACCCGCCGCCGUCCCGCCGCCGCGCCGGCGACCGCUCACCGGCGAGCUCGCCCACUGCCGCCGCCGCGCCUCUCGGGGGCCCCGCCGCCGUGCGCCACCGCGUCCCGCGCCCCGGCCUCCCUCCUCCUCUCCUCCGGCCUGUCGCCUCGCCGUCCUCUUCUCCGGUGGUCGCGCCGUCGCCGUCAAAGGAGCUCGAGCUCGAUCGGAUCUGA